UAUGUGGCGCUCGGGGUCGGUUGCGAAGAGGCUGUUUAGGCCGGCCGGGAGAGAGCCAGUGCGGGAGAGGAAGGAGAAGAGGGUUUGUGGGGGGGAGGGGGAAAAAAAAAAUUAGUGCAGCAUCCGACCAAUUUCAGGAACAAUCUGCAGAAAAUAAGGCAACCUGUGAAUUUAUUCUGAAACAUUGAUGGGAUUCUCCUUCAGAUCCAAAUUACUGUCCAGGAUUGUGACUGUAAGUUAGCACAAGUGCUGCGACAGGAAAUCCCCCUCAGCAACAGUCGACUUCUGAGCAGCAAGAGCCUCCCAACUUUGACAAAGCAGAAACCCAGCCAACAGAAGUGGUGGACAAGCAAACACCAAUCAACGGUGGUCCAGCCCACAAAGAGGAGGCAGAAAAGGAGCAGCCUUCAGGCAGCAAAGGAUUGUCACGCUUCCUACCUGGCUGGUUCAAGAGACCCAAAUCUCAGAUUUCAGAAGAAGAGAGUGGAAAAGAGAUUGGUGUAGCUUUUGCAGACGAUAACACCGUACCACUACAACAGCAACUGAAUUCAGUAGAGCAAACAGAAGAAAGGGAACAAGGGGCUCCUAUUGCUGAUCAAGAGUUGGAUGAUAAUAUUGAAGAAGAAGCCACUUUAGAUUUACAUUCCCUGAGCAGUGCUGAAACACAGCCAGCACAAGAAGAGAAAGAAGAUCUUGUUCCAGAAAAGGAUCCAGUGAUUAAGGAUGAAGUAAAGCUAGAAACCCCCGAAGAGAAACAAGGUGAAAGUACAGAGCUAAAAACAAGCAAGGUUUUGAAACUGCCUCCUAAGGUUACUAAAAACCCCAAAACCAUGCGCUGCAAGGUGACUCUGUUGGAUGAAACGGAAUUUCAGUGCGAUGUUGAGAGACAUUCCAAGGGACAUGAGCUCUUUACCAAAGUGUGCCAACACCUUAAUCUUCUGGAGAAAGACUACUUUGGUCUGGCCAUUUGGGAUUCAACAAACCAGAGAAGUUGGUUAGAUCUCACCAAAGAGAUUAAGAAGCAGUUACAAGGUGGACCUUGGGAUUUUACGUUCAAUGUGAAGUUUUACCCACCUGAUCCUGCGCAGCUGACUGAAGACAUAACAAGGUACUACUUGUGUCUUCAGCUGCGUCAGGACAUCAUUACUGGAUGUCUGCCAUGUUCAUUUGUCACCCUUGCUCUGUUGGGAUCAUACACUGUUCAGUCAGAGCUGGGUGAAUAUGACCCAGAGUUACAUGGAACUGAUUAUCUUAGUGAGUUUAAGUUGGCCCCAAAUCAAACAAAAGAAUUGGAAGAGAAAAUUAUAGAGCUUCAUAAAACACACAGAGCUAUGACUCCUGCACAAGCAGAUCUGCAAUUCUUGGAGAAUGCAAAGAAACUUUCAAUGUAUGGUGUGGACUUUCAUCCUGCUAAGGACUUAGAAGGAGUAGACAUCAUGCUUGGUGUAUGUUCAGGUGGCCUUCUUGUAUACAAAGACAGGCUCAGAAUAAAUCGCUUUGCCUGGCCUAAAGUUCUCAAGAUCUCAUACAAACGCAGCAGCUUCUUCAUUAAAAUUCGUCCAGGAGAGGAUCAAUGCGAAAGCACCAUUGGGUUCAAACUGCCCAAUUACCGAGCUGCCAAAAAGUUGUGGAAGGUAUGCGUGGAAAACCAUACCUUUUUCAGGCUAAUGACACCAGAAUCGACUGCAAAAAGCAAAUUCUUGUCCCUAGGUUCCAAAUUCCGUUAUAGUGGUCGAACACAGGUUCAGACCAGGGAAGCAAGUGCUCUGAUUGACAGACCUGCACCACGUUUUGAACGUACUGCAAGCAAACGGGCAUCCAGAAGCCUUGAUGGAGCUAAACGUAAGUUUCCAAAAACUUCUGUUGAAUUACCAGUGGACGAGGAUCUUGAGCCCAGACGCAUUGAAGCACCCAGAGAGCAGCCAGCUGCAGUAGCUGGGACUCCAGACAGAAGCCCAAGGGCAGUUACUACCUCUGCACCAACCAUAUCUCAAAGUCAUUCAGUGGAAGCCAGCAGCCCACCCACAGUCGAGACAACAAGAGUGACUGAAUCAAAAGCAGCUAAAGAGGAAGUGAAGGUGGAGGUAAAACAAGAAGAGCGCUUAGUUGACAAAAAAAGAUCAGAACCAGUCGAGGAGGUUAAGCAGGUCAUCACACAGCAAACUGAAAUCACACCAAUUCCAACCACAGCAAAUGAAGAAUCACAGCAAAAACCUGAUGGAGAGGAAGAGGUUGUCCGAAUGCGCAAGAAGAGAUCAAAGAAAGUUGAGGGUGAAAACAUUUAUGUCAGGCAUAGCAAUUUAAUGUUGGAGGAUCUAGACAAAACCCAAGAUGAGAUAAUGAAACAUCAUGCUAGUAUUAGUGAACUGAAGCGGAGCUUUAUGGAAUCUGUACCUGAACCACGUCCUAGUGAAUGGGAUAAACGGCUCUCGGCACACUCGCCUUUUAGAACAUUGAAUAUCAAUGGACAAGUUCAGUCUGGCACAGAAGGAGCCAUGGUGAUUUCAGGCAUACACCCUGAAAAGAAGCUUGGUGGGCCAGAGAAAUUAAUAGAAGGCCUAUAUGGACAUUUGCGUACCAAUGAAAAGCCAACAAUAUUCCAAGCAACGUACUUCCCAUAUGCAACACCUGAGAAGACCCUACGUGAAGGACAGAAACAGACUCCAAAUAAAUCUGCUUUGCUUUGCUCUAUUUCACACCCUCAGCCACCACUUGUAAAGACUCAAACUGUGACCAUCUCUGACAUGCCCAACUCUGAAAAUGAAAUUGCAACAAAUGAAGUUCCUGUUGUUCACACUGAAACAAAGACGAUCACCUAUGAAGCAGCACAGGCAGAUGAUGGUAAUGGUGAUUGUGAACCUGGGGUAUUGAUGAGUGCUCAGACUAUCACAUCCGAGACCGUCUCCACCACUACAACCACUCAAAUCACAAAGACUAUUAAGGGAGGAAUUUCAGAAACCAGAAUUGAGAAACGGAUUGUAAUCACAGGAGAUACAGAUGUUGACCAUGAUCAGGCUUUGGCACAAGCUAUCAAAGAAGCCAAAGAGCAGCAUCCAGAUAUGUCAGUGACCAAGGUAGUGGUGCAUCAAGAGACAGAGGUAGCUGAGGAAUAAGGCCAG